CUUUUAUUAUUAUUAUGAGCAAAAAAAUAAAUAAUUAAAAUAAACUGAAUAUUAGGAGUUUCUCCACAGCCAUUAAACAUUUAACAGGAGUGAAAAAGUUUGCAUUUUUUUCCAAAAUGUGACCGAGACAAAACAAUUGAGGCCCUCUCACCUUCAAUGUCAACCGUUAUGCAUUAUUUCGGACGGUUCAAGUCGCUGACCUCCGAUGCGUUUCUCAAUUUGACCUCUCUCCGGAGCCACGCCCACAAAAUCCCGCUCCGCACACGCCUCACGCCAAUUGACGUCCGCGAGUUAGGUCAGAGGUCAGUCUCUGCCUGCGAUUACGAAUGCGUGCGAGUUGUGAUGGGGGGGGGCCAACUGUGUCCCUCGGGCAACAUGAAUGUAGGCCAGUGUCUACGUGGCAUUGACUGAAAAGCAGUAGCUGCCUCCCUUCAAUCGCACACACGAACUGCAUGCAUACAAGUCUUUCGAGACGGAUGCGGCAUUUGAUCCGAUACUUUGCGCAACUGUGCUGCUCUCCUUUGUCUCUCAGGGCUGUGGGUAAGACCUGUCUGCUGAUUAGCUACACCACCAACGCGUUCCCGGGUGAAUACAUCCCCACCGUCUUUGACAACUACUCUGCCAAUGUGAUGGUGGAUGGGAAACCAGUCAAUCUGGGCCUAUGGGAUACAGCCGGACAGGAGGACUACGAUAGGCUCAGACCAUUAUCUUACCCGCAGACGGAUGUGUUCUUGAUAUGCUUCUCCCUGGUCAGUCCGGCUUCCUUUGAGAACGUCCGAGCUAAGUGGUACCCUGAAGUGAGACACCAUUGUCCCAACACACCCAUCAUCCUGGUGGGCACCAAGCUCGACCUGCGAGAUGACAAGGACACCAUCGAGAGGCUGCGGGACAAGAAGCUCUCCCCCAUCACCUACCCGCAGGGUCUGGCCAUGGCCCGAGAGAUCGGGGCCGUAAAGUACCUCGAGUGUUCGGCGCUGACCCAGCGAGGCCUGAAGACGGUGUUCGACGAGGCCAUCCGAGCGGUGCUCUGCCCUCCGCCGGUGAAGAAGAGGGGAAAGAGGUGCACCAUGUUCUGAGAGGAAAACACUGCAAAAACAUGUCACUCACUGCAAGUCAUUCAACUAGGACCACUACAUCUCGAAGAGGAUGAGGGGCGAAAACUAGCUCGAGUGGGUGUGCACCGCUAAGAUUGCUUUCUUUAUAUUGAUGUUUUUUCAACGCGAUAUUGGUAACAGGACCAAUAUUUCUCUGAUUGUGUUUCAUUACUGAAUAAGGUCAAAUACAGUGACUGUCUACCUACGGUACUUUGUACUCAUAGAACCAUACCGAGUUCCCAAGAGGGCUAACGUAGGUUUCUAUUACUUGUCUUACACUGCUAGACUGUCCUGUCUUUCUUAGUCCUGCUCGCUUGAAUGAAUGCAGUGCUGACUGAUAGAACGUGAACUGUGACCAUGUCUUAAGGAUACCGAGUAAAUUCAUAGGUUAGACUACUAAUACGAGGAACUACUUAAAGGGUUCGCCGUCUAGUCCGAAAACUAGUCCUGAAAUGACAAUUUAAGCAUGUUGACAUCAAGGAACUGUUAUUGUUUUGUAAAGCAGAGCAUUGAUGAACAUGAGAAGAAAUAGUUCGACAUGUUGCCCUCGGUGAAACAAAAUCUGAAAAGGAGAUACAAGUCGUAAAUCGGAAUAGUCCCGCAAUUUCAAGAGAAUGACGAGGUUAACGUGAUGACAAACAUUUCCGAUUAGGUAACGAACGUUUGGCUAUCCGAAAACGAGUCUCGCAAUUUGAAUUGAACCAUAAGGACGUGAAAAUAAUAGAUAGGGGGGGGGGGGGGGGGGGGUAUUCCAAAUUGGAACCAAAGUCUGGAAAAUCUGCGUUGUCAAAUGUUGAGAGUGUUAGUGAACGUGAAAUACGUGAAAAUGACACGAGUUCUGCAAUUACAACGUACUAUUACAUCAUGAAACAACGGAGGAAACUUGUGGGUCAAUUUGCCCGCAAAAUUCGUAGGCGAGGCGAUCGCCGAUGGCAUAGUUUUCAUAUCAAACAUUUGAAUAUCAUUAUCCGAAAAGGUUUGGAGCGUGUCCUCAACCGAAGACCCUCGAUAGGCCUCCGUAUCCAAAUGUGCCGUCGUCCAUUUGGACUCAAUAAAAGCGGCUCCGUGGGAAAUACGACAGAAGCUAUGCUGCAAUGAAGAGACUGACAUGACCUUGCGAAGAGCCCAAUUGUGACUUUGAAUCCCAUUUUUAUUGAUUGACAUGCAUUUCAAAAUCACGCAAAGCAAGAUGGAUGACACGGACGUUUUGCUUUCCGUCGCCGGUUGUCAAACGUCGUCCGUGGUUACUCGGGCGUUCGAGUGACAGACAAGCGUCAACAACCUCGCUGCCUCCGACGGUGGAGGAGUUUGCAUGGCUCUUAAAAUAUUCCGCCAUUGUUUUGAUGUUGUGUCUGCGUGCGUGCGCAAGAACAUUGUUUGAUAGUUUGGGGGGGCGUGCAUGGAAGACAGCGUUGUUUUAAGACGUUCGAGUUUUUAGUGUCAAAUCUUGGGGACUAAGAUCCCGUCGCGCUGCAGUAAUAAACACGACUGACAAAAAAAGGAAAGACCAUCUGCUGAUGUACAGAAUAAUUGAAUGCUUUAUGAAUAUCGAAAUAUACCUGAAUAUUUAGCUCUUACAACUCUAAAAUGAGGCAAAGUGACGUCAUGUCGAAGUACAAAGUGUUGCUAGCGUUGUAAAAUAAAAGGGGCCCAAAAAAAAAAAAAAAAAAAGGAAUUCCUAAUCUGCUACUGCAUGGAAAUUCUCGGGUUAUUUGACGCACUGUCAUUCUUCGGAAAGGUUGAAAUGCAUUGGCCAUGUGUGUAUGUGCUGUAAAAUCAAUUGUAUACUUCUUCCAACUGUGUCUCAUUGAAAAAAAACAAAAACAAAAAACAACAAAAAAAAUGAUGACUUCACGUCUGUGUGGUUAAAUAUUUCAAUUUUUUGGAAUACUAAAUACAAAUGUAUAUGUACGUCCGGGUUUUUUUUUUUUUUUUUUUUUUGUCCUCAUUUGUUUGACACACGAGACAUUACAUGUAAAAUCAUGAAAAAAAAAAAAAAGUGGAAUAAAAUGACCUGGAUAUGGACA